AACCAAAAAAAAAUACAAACAAUGGAGGACAUCUUUUUUGACUGCUGCAGCGAGGGUGAAGCCGAAUGCGAGACUGUACUCAUGCAGCGUGAGGGCAUACUCAAGGCUGGAAAAGGGGACGCUACCGACCACCGUUUAUUGCAGAGUAAACCCAGCAAUGCACAGAUACUGCUACGCGGCCUGGGUGGGCAUUGCGAGUACACGAGGUUAGAGCCACAGGGAUGCAUGUGCUUCUAUCCGGCAACGUUGGAGAUCACCACACGAGUUCAGACGGAAUCGUCGUGUGGCUGUCCCCCGCAUUGCCAAUGCAUACUGCGCGGCAGUCCAGUCACCCUGAAGCUUCCCAUGGAGCUGAAUCCGCACAACGGUCAGGUCAAUGUGAACAUAUUUCAGCCGAGACCGAAGCAAUUGACUGCUGCCGGCGAAGGCGUCGGCGGUGGCGAUAGGCGCUCCUCUAAUCCCCCUCCAAGUAACUUGCAGCGGCAUUCACAGCGACGCGAAGGCCCUAGGAAAAUCGGGCGUCGUGUGCGUUGGGAUGCUUAGGAGCUAUGGCGGCAGUUCUUCCAGAGUUUUGUAACUCCAGUGAAAAGAGUGGGUUUUGUUGCCAAUCACCAGUGACGAGCUUGGAUAUGUGUUAUUGCAAUUCGAUAAAAGGCCAGAGCAACAAAAUGUGGUGAAAAGCAUAAGACAAACUCUACGGUUUACACAUCAGGACACAGCUUGGAGCUGCGUUUGUAAAUUUUGAUAACGGUCAAAAGCGCGCCUGGCUUAUGGAUAUCACUCGUAUUUGAAAUUAUAUUUUUGUAAAUUCAGUUCGAUUAAAUAAGCAACAUAUGA